AAAAGCCUGGUUGCACUUACAGAAUAAAAUAAAAGAACAGCAGCAACAGGAGUUGUUCCCAACUAACUUGUCACCAUAUUUAAGUAGGUUCUAUGCUACCUUCUCGGAAGAUUUAGCUCCCUCUGCUUCCUACCCCUCUAAACCGAACUGCUUCUGUUUUGCUCUUCAUCUUUGGAGUGAACUUUGGUCUAACGAUUCAGAAGCGAAAGCUGCUAAUAGGAGCUGCACAACUGAGAGAAUAAUUCCAGAGGAGCUCUUUCUCUUCCGUCAAAGGGUUCCACCGAUGGCGAUAAAGAUGAAGGGGAUCUUCAAAGGGCUGAAGAUAAUUUCUCAAAUGUUUGCGCAUAAGGAGCAGGAGAUGGAGAUUGGGUACCCUACAGAUGUAAAGCAUGUGGCUCACAUUGGUCUGGGCACCAGUGACACAUCUCCAAGCUGGAUGGCUGAAUUCAAGGGAACAGAUGAUUCAUCAGCAGGCUCUGUGAGCACAGCUGCGCAGUCAAGGCAGACUUCUUGGGCCUCUGCAGACUUCGAGCAGCCGAGAAGCAUGCUGCCCAUCGACAUCUUCCAGGACAAGAGGCCCGGGCAAGAGAACCCGGACGUGCAGAGGGGGGAGAGAAAGGCGAGGAGGAAGAAGACGAAGAAGAACAGAGCGUCGUCGCCGCCCGCUUCGUCCGCAAGGUCGUCUUCCGCGAGGUCCACAGCCUCGUUUGCGACGGCGUACGACGCCUUCAGCGAGUCCCAGAGAGGGUUCCCGGUCGCCUGAAUGAAUGGCGCGCGCCGGCCGGACGGAAACAAACCACCAUGCGUGCGUGAACUGUAAAUGCUUUCGGAUUAGGGAGACAGACAGCUUGGUUUGGAUUGUUUGAUUCUUUGUUUCUUUUUUUUCUCGGAAUCUUUGCAGUAAUGUGUAGAUGGAGAUGGAAAGGGAGAUCGAAUCAAGUUAGUGCUGAGCAUGCAUGCGCUUGUCUUGUCUACGGUUUUUAAAUCUCUUGUUAGUCGUAGGCUCGUAAUAGUGCAGCUGUACAGAUCAAUCUCCGGCUGACCAGAUCAAUCUCUUGUUAGCAGCCACGCACGCACAGACA